GGUAGGUAGGACGCGUAACCGCUAAAUGUUCCGCUAGUAACCGCCACGUUAUCAUUCGGUGCGCAGCUUUCGCAGGUGUAGCGUGUGUUUUGUUUUUAGUGAGCUUUCAUAUUUUAAUUGCCGACCCAUAAACCAUGUCGCUCGACGAGAAAUUCAACAAGGCGGCGGAAGACGUGAACAAAUUAAAGUCGAAGCCUUCGAAUGAGGACCUGCUAGAAAUUUACGCUCUCUACAAGCAGGCGACGGUCGGAGACGUCAACACAGAUCGUCCGGGACUGUUGGACGUGAAGGGCAAAGCGAAGUGGGACGCCUGGAGCGGCAAGAAGGGCGUGUCCAAAGACCAAGCCAAAGAGCAGUACGUCGCGAAAGUCCAGUCGCUGAUUGACUCGAUAGGACUAGCCUAAUUUUUCACCAAAGCUUUCCUUACAAACAUACACAUUUUGUUCUUUAAGUUUAAAGAAGAUGGUUGUUGGUUGUUUUUCGCAUUUACAAAUUUUAUAAUAAAAAGGUGGGUUUGAGAGGA